ACUGUUCUUGCUCAACAACCUCGACCCAUAAAGCUUGUAGAGCUGCACCGUAGAUACUACCGUCUAUUCACCCAUGUCCUUCAGCUUCAUGCCCAUUGGCAGAUCGAUCGGGGCAUGCUCACGGCGAUUCCCCUCGACUCCAUGCUCAAGCCGGACGUUUACUUCGACGCGGCCGUCAUUUCGACCGCGGGUGCCACUAGGACGGAUCGAGGUUAAGAGGAUCCCUAUCGACAGCCCAGAAGCGUUCGCUGCACAGGGAUUCGGGGGAGGCGUGCCUAAGAGGUCGAUUUGGAAGCCCAUAAUUUUUGCAACAACGUUAGCGGGCUCGGCGUAUAUCGCAGCAGCUCUCUAUACCAACGCCGACACGAAUGAAUGGUCGGAAAAGCUCGGUCAAGGCUCAUGGUGGCGAAGAGGUAGCGAUCUGCCAACGGACGAAGAAAUCAAACGGGCCAAGGCGAUAAGUACGGCCAAGAAACUACAAAACAGCCUGAACGGCCUCGUCAAGAACAUCCGGGACUGGCCAGAUUCUCUCAAAGUACCCAUCACCCGCGUCUACAUCAGCCUGUCCGAGACAUACCUACACACUCCUCCCGCUCAACUCGCCUGUCUCGGGAUCAUCGGAUUCAACGGCCUCGUCUUUCUCGCAUGGCGGAUACCCCGCUUCGAACCUUUCAUGAGGCGGUACUUUAUGCACUGGCCGGUCGGUGCCAACCACCGAGUGAUCACCCUGGCCACUAGCGUUUUCAGCCACCAGUCUCUCCCUCACUACGCUUUCAACUCGAUCGCACUCUACUCUUUCGGAUCGGCCGCUUAUCAGUUCCUCUCCCGCCCGAACGCAAGGGAUAUCGAUGCGAUCAACAACAAGUCCGAUUCUUGGUUCGGCUUCGAUUUCGGUCCAUAUCUGGGGACAUCAACGACGACCCCACAUUUCCUCGCCUUCUUCCUCGCUGCCGGUCUAGUCUCCUCAUUGACCUCUCACCUGAAUACCGUCCUCGUCCGUCUCCCUCGCUUGCUCCGGGACCUCUCGAACACGGCAAGAGUGUCUACCGCCUCGGCCCUCGCUGCGCAUUCCGCCGUCUUGCCUUCCCUAGGGGCGAGUGGGGCUAUCUAUGCGACGUUGACCUUGACCAGCCUGGCUUUCCCCGAGGCUAGCGUCAGUCUGAUAUUCCUCCCCUUUGUGCCGAUUCAAAUUGGGUAUGGGGUGGCAGGGAUGGUCGCGGUCGACGUCCUCGGGUUGAUCAGAGGUUGGAGGGUAUUCGACCACGUCGCCCAUCUUUCCGGGGCGGCAUUCGGGUUCCUGUAUUACUCGGUCGGCAAGGACUUUUGGACCUGGCUUCGGGUCAAGCUCGGAGCUCAAGAGAGGAGGGUCGCCGAUGUGUAGCAUAGCACGUAACGCAUAGCAUAGCGCUUGGCAUCGUCAGCCAUCAAGACGCCUCGCGACGGUAGUGAGAGCGUAAUCGUAGAUAUCGUCUGUACAAGGACGAGUUGCAUACAUG